AUGGUGGAGUGGUGGAAGGACAGUGAGAUGAUCGACCCUGCGGAGGACAGGAACUUCUACAUCACGGUGGACCAUAACCUGAUCAUCAAGCAGGCGCGCCUCUCCGACACCGCCAACUACACCUGCGUGGCCAAGAACAUGGUGGCCAAGAGACGCAGCUCCACCGCCACCGUCAUCGUCUACGUGAACGGCGGCUGGUCCACCUGGACAGAGUGGUCGGCGUGCAGCAGUCGAUGUGGGCGGGGCUACCAGAAGCGAACACGGAGUUGUACAAACCCCGCCCCCCUGAACGGAGGUCUACCGUGUGGAGGACAGGCCAUCCAGAAGCUGGACUGCACCUCCAUCUGCACAGUGGACGGCGACUGGAGCGACUGGAGCAAGUGGUCGGCCUGCUCCACAGACUGCACCCACUGGAGGAAGAGGGAGUGCACUAACCCUGUCCCCAAGAACGGUGGCCAAGACUGCGAAGGCUCCGCGCUGCAGUCCCAGAACUGUACGGAUGCACUGUGUAUGCAAAGUCCCUUGAUUGUGUGGACCCCGGGGCCCGGACAGAGCGGCGCUGUGGCCGGUUCAUCGGCCUCCAGCUCGGACACAGUGGCGCUGUAUGUGGGCGUGGUCAUCGCGGUCAUCAUGUGCCUGGUCAUAUCUGUGAUCGUGGCGCUCUUCAUCUACCGCAAAACUCACCGUGAUUUUGACUCGGUGAUCAUCGACACGUCUGCCCUGAACGGAGGCUUCCAGUCCGUCAUCAUCAAGACGGCACGAUCAGCAGACCAGCUGAGCGCCCCUCCAGACCUGACCAACGCCGCAGCCCUUUACCGCGGCCCGGUCUACGCCCUCCACGACGUGUCUGAUAAGAUCCCCAUGACCAACUCCCCCCUGCUGGACCCUCUCCCCAACCUCAAGAUCAAAGUCUACAACUCGUCCGGCCUGGUGACUCCUGUGGAAGACCUGGGCGUAGACCUGUCCUGCAAACUGUCUCCAAAGGUGACCCAGUCUCUGCUGGACCACAGCGACACCCUUAACUUCCGAAACCAGACGUCAGCGAGAAGCCGAGACCCGUCCUGCACCGCACACGGCUCCUUCGGCCACCAGGGAGGACACCUCAUCGUGCCCAACUCUGGUGUGAGUUUGCUGGUUCCCGCUGGGGCAGUUCCUUCAGGACGAGUCUAUGAGAUGUAUGUGACAGUGCACAGGAAGGAAAGCCUCAGACCUCCAGUGGAAGACAUCCAGACUGUCCUGAGUCCUGUGGUGAGCUGUGGGCCCCCAGGAGCCCUCCUCACCAGACCUGUGAUCCUCACCAUCCACCACAGUGCAGACAGUGUGCAUGAAGACUGGCUGCUGCAGCUGAAGAGCCAGCUGCCCAUUGGGGAGUGGGAGGAUGUGGUGGUGGUGGGAGAGGAGACCUUCACCAGUCCGUGUUACGUCCACAUGGAGCCCGAGUCGUGUCACCUGCUCACAGAGACACUGGGCACCUUCUGUUUGGUGGGACAGUCUCUGGUCCACGCCGCGGCCAAGAGGCUGAAGCUCGCCGUGUUUGGCCCAGUGUCCUGCUCCACUCCGGACUACCACAUCAGAGUGUACUGCCUCGACGACAACCAGGAUGCGCUCAAGGAGGUGCUUCAGAUGGAGACGCAGAUGGGAGGAAAGCUCCUGGACGAACCAAAGAGCCUCAGGUUUAAAGACAGCACUCACAACCUCAGACUGUCCAUCCACGACGUGCCUCAGCCGCACUGGAAGAGCAAACUCAUCGCCAAGUACCAGGAGAUCCCCUUUUACCAGGUGUGGAGCGGUGGUCAGAGGAGCCUCCACUGCACCUUCACCCUGGAGAGACUCAGCUCCUGCUCCACGGAUCUGAGCUGUAAACUCUGUGUGCGUCAGGUGGAGGGCGAGGGCCAGAUCUUCAGCAUCGACACCACACUGCAGGAGGAGGUCCAGAGCAUAGACACCUCCCUCAUGGACCCCUCUAACCACAUCACCAGCCUGCAGGGCCCCGGGGCCUUCCUCAUCCCCCUGACCAUCAGACACAAGCUCUGCAGCAGCCUGGACGCUCCACAGACACGAGGCAACGACUGGAGGAUCCUGGCACACAAACUUCAACUGGACAGAUACCUGAAGUACUUUGCGGCGCAGUCCAGUCCGACCGGUGUGAUCCUGGACCUGUGGGAGGCACUGCACUUCCCGGAGGGUGCCCUGAGUGAGCUGGCUGCCGUGCUGGAGGACAUGGGUCGCCACGACAACGGCCUGGGUGCCACAGCGUUGGAACACUGA